CAAGCAUGCUAGGAUUGAAUAAACCAGAGAAUGUAGCUGGAUCGGCUCUUCCUGCCAUCCUCAUGGGUGCUUUCGUUGCCUUCGGUGGUGUUCUGUAUGGUUACGAUACUGGAACUAUCUCUGGUAUCCUUGCCAUGAAGGAAUUUGUCGAUACUUUUGGUACAAUGGAUGCAGCCACGGGUGAAAAAGUUAUCACCUCUUCUACAUCGUCACUUGUCGUCUCCAUAUUGUCAGCUGGUACUUUCUUUGGUGCGCUUUCCGCCGGUCCCCUUGGUGACAUCCUUGGUCGUCGAUGGGGUUUGAUCUUUGCCGUUUUCCUUGUCUUCAACUUUGGUAUCAUCCUUCAAAUGGCUUCAAGCAGCAUUCCCUUGUUUGUCGCUGGUCGAUUUUUUGCUGGUCUUGGUGUAGGUAUCAUGAGUUCUCUUGUACCAUUAUACCAGUCUGAGGCGCUUCCCAAAUGGAUCCGUGGAGCCGUCGUUGCCUGUUACCAGCUUGCUAUUACCAUUGGACUUCUAAUUGCUUCUAUUGUCGAUAACGCUACUCAGGAUCGUCCUGAUAGCGGUGCCUACCGAGUACCUAUUGCCGUCCAAUUCGCCUGGGGCUUAAUUAUCACCGUUGGUAUGUUGCUGUUGCCUGAAACACCUCGAUAUCUUAUCAAGAAGGGCAAUAUGGAAGGAGCCGCCAAAUCCCUCAGCCGCCUGCGAAGCUUGCCCACCGAUCACCCAGAAUUGCUUGAAGAAUUGGAGGAAAUUCGCGCCAACCACGAAUAUGAACUUUCUCUUGGAGAAUCCUCCUAUAAGGAUCUGUUCUCUAAUGAAGGCCAUUUGAGAAAGCGUCUCAUUACUGGAUGUCUCCUUCAGAUGCUGCAACAACUUACUGGUAUCAACUUUAUCUUCUACUAUGGUACCACUUUCUUCAAGUCGUCUGGAUUCUCUCAGCCUUUCCUCAUUAGUUUGAUCACCAACCUUGUGAAUGUUGUUUCCACCUUCCCUGGUCUAUACCUUGUUGAGAAAUGGGGUCGUCGCCCACUUUUGCUCUUCGGAGCUAUCGGCAUGUGCGUCUGCCAAUUUAUUAUCGCUGCCGUCGGUGUCGCUUCAACCACUCUUGCCGCUUCACAAGCUUUGAUUGCCUUUGUAUGCUUCUACAUCUUCUUCUUCGCUUGUUCUUGGGGUCCAAUUGCUUGGGUCGUCACUGGUGAAAUUUUCCCACUUAAGGUGCGAUCCAAGGGUCUGUCUCUUACAACCGCUUCCAACUGGUUGCUCAACUGGGCUAUUGCUUAUGCUACCCCUUAUAUGGUUGACAGUGGUCCAGGAAAUGCUAACCUUGGAGUCAAGGUCUUCUUCGUCUGGGGAUCUGCCUGCUUUGUUUGCAUCGCCUUCUCCUACUUCAUGAUCUAUGAAACCAAGAACAUGACUUUGGAACAAGUAGACGAGCUUUACGACAAUGUUCCUGUUGCCUGGAGGUCAAAGGGAUAUGUACCUACCGUCACCUACUCCAAGCAAGCCCAUUCUGAUGAAAAGCCGCCCAUUGCUUCUGAGAAUGACGCAUAAAGCACAACAUGUAACAUAUUUAAUAACUGUAGUUGAUAUACGAGUUUGUAUAAGAUAUAAUAAAGGCG